UAUCGGUCACCGCGACAAAGCACGACGAAGCUAGCGAUCGAAAACCGGUGGUGCGGUUUCGAUCGACGGCUCCCGACGGAACGUACGUCGUGUCGUGUCCUCAGCGUCACGCUCCGUCGCGCUUCAAACCACAAACUCCGAUUAAUUUAAUCAUUGAUUAAUUUACCAAGUAUAUCUAUACUCGCUGUAUUUCGUUCGUUAAAAACAUGGAAUUACUUUUUGCCGUUUAACACAUGGAAAAAAUAUUAAGCAUGACGAAUUAUACAGGAUAGAAGCUUUGUUUUGAGCAGUUUGUUUACUUUUACACCACUUUACACCAAUGUAGAUUAACUUUAAUCUCGGUUUACUUUACUUUUGGUCUUCUUCUAAAUUCUUAGAACCAGAAAAGGAUAACGAGUAAAAGUUAAACCGAGAUUAAAGUAAUCUACAUUGGUAGAAAUGGAUGUGAAUCAAUUAAACUGAUCGGAGCUCGGUUCACCCCAAGGAUCGCUACUCCGUCGACUCCGAUACCAAUGGAUAUAGGGACGCGACGGAAAGCUUCAGUCUUCCUGACGAGAUCUACGAUGAUGAGCAAUCUCAUAGAUGCGCACUGGUUUCCCCUGGCGUCGCAGGGCAACAUUUAUUCCAUGACCAAACUGUGCUCGCCCAACAGUCCCAAUAAGUUAUUGGUGGCGUCCUUGAAAAGGAAGAUAUACUCCUGCGAGUAUCAUCAAACGUCGGAGUUUCUUAGGCCUAUGGUGAAGGAAUUACUGUUCACGUACAUUCCCAGUGGAGCAGAAAUUAUUUCCAUCGACGCUUACAACAAGUCCGACACCGGGGACAGUUUUGUGAUAGGCAUAACGAUCAUGAAGACAAGCACAGACACGAUAGAAAGGUACUUGAACAUAUACACGGAAGGUGCGGUCGACGGCGAAGGGGAUGAGGGCAGUUCGAUUGAAGCCAUAGCGCAGAAUUGUCUCAUGGUGGAGCUGUCGUAUACUCCCUACCAUCUGUAUCAUACCGUUUUACCGCAAGAAAAUUCUGUACAGGAGGUAGUCUGGCUGAUAUCUGGAAGCGAUUAUAGAAUUCACAUGAUAAGGGAAGAUAAAUUGAGCCACGUUUACAGCGAGUCCUCUAUCGAGAAAUAUUUCCCGGAACUGCAUGACAUCCAAGCGAUUGCACUGUGGAUCAAUAUUUAUUAUUACGACAAUUACAAACGGAGGGUCACCGCCGUCGGCUGUGAAUGCGGUCUAGUCAAAGUUGCCAUAGUAAACGUCGUGGACCUACAGGUUAUUCGAAGCUGGCUGCUAAGAUACGACAAGCCUGUACCGAGUGUGAUAGUAUUCCCGCAUAGGAAUGCCAUUAGUAAACCAACCUUUGUAGACGUCAAUUUCGAGAAAUGUGUCCCGAAGGAUGAUGUCCCGAAAUUAAAUGUCGUUAUUUCAAGUACGAGUAACGCUGUUGUCUUUAAAGAUAUCUUGGAGCACGGGAUGAAACGGGACGUAAUAUUGAGCGGCAGCGAAUCGUCGGACUGUAUUCUGUGCUGCUGUAUCGCGGACAUAAAUAUGGACGGUCAAAACGAGAUCUUGCUCGGUACUUACGGUCAGGAGGUCCUGAUCUUUGCGUUGACAGGCGACACGUGGGAAUUGGCCGCCAGAAAACUGUUUGACGCUCCUGUACACUCUAUAAGCUACAUGGACAUAACGAAC